UUAGUUAGAUACGAAAAUUUUUGGUGAAAUUUGCUUUGUCGUUUAAUGUCAUUAGAUUUGAAACGAAAAUUAUAUAGAUAUAUAUUAUGCUCGUUUUGCGACGAUGUUGCUUCUGCCUUUCGUUAUAUUGUGGUUGCAUUAUAAUUUCCUUCUACACGAUAUUAGCUGGAUUAAUCAAUGCUGCCACAAUUGCCGAUGAGAUUCACUACUCCAAGACCUACUAUGCGAAUGCAUUUUUGAAAUGGUUCAAUAUCUUUCACACAAGUCUAAUGGUUAUAGCCGCUAUUUUUCUAUUGGUUACAACUUUGACGACGAUGAAAUCAGCUUUAUUGAUUUGGAGUGUUUUGUUCCUAAUUCAUAUGAUCGCGUACUACAUUAUAUUUAAUAUAAUGGCAUCAAAUCCAUUUGUGACCAGCACAGUUAAUAUUGUACUCUAUGCGUUGAUUAUUGUAUUAUCAUUUUUAUUGGACCUCUAUUCCCUGUUCGUUGUCUAUUCAUUUUAUCAAGAAUUAGACAAUCCACCUAGAGCUCCAUGCUGCGAUAGUAUUUGACAAAAAAUAAAAC